AUGGAACUCAACCGAGAACAUUUUCGCGCCAUAAUUUAUUACGACUUUCAGAGACAAUUAUCGCAACAAGAAUGCCUUGCUGAGUUACAGUCUGUUUUCGGCAACGAAGCGCCACAUCAGUCGACAAUUACCCUCACCCAGGAAAACGUCGAUGCUGUGCGCAAACUCAUCAUUGAAGAUAGACAUGUGACAUAUCGCGAGAUUGCGGCGUCCUUGAAGAUCUCAAAGACCUCAAUUCAAAAAAUUUUACAUGAAGAACUAGGAGUAAGAAAAUUAGUUUCUUGUUGGAUACCCCACCUGUUGACUGACGAGCAGAAAGCAGCCAGGGUUAAUUGGUGUCAAAAAACGCUUGACCUUUUCAAUUCCGGAAACUCCAAAAAUGUGUACAGCAUUGUUAGUGGUGACGAAUCGUGGAUUUACUGUUAUGAACCAGAAAAUAAACGACAGUCGGCUCCAACAAAAGUGUUCCGUUCUCGAAGUGUUUCGAAAAAGAUGGUCGCGACAUUUGUGUCAAAAGCCGGUCAUAUUGCAACAAUUCCUCUUAAUGAGCAAAGAACUGUUACUGGGGAUUGGUAUACCACCAUUUGUUUGCCAAAAGUCAUCACCGAGCUUCGAAAAAUCAACCCCGAAAAAAGAAUCAUCCUCCACCAAGACAAUGCAAGCUCGCACACAGCCCAAAAAACAAGGCAGUAUUUAACGGAGGAAAACGUGGAAUUAUUAGACAAUCCUCCAUAUACGUAUAGUCCCGAUCUAAGUCCUAACGAUUUCUCUACUUUCUCGAAAAUUAAAAACAGACUGCGUGGUAAAAGGUUCCAGUCACCAAAAGAAGCAGUUGACGCAUUCAAAAAUGCCGUUUUGGAUCUGCCAGCAAACGAGUGGAAUAAGUGCUUCGAAAAUUGGUUCGAGCGCAUGCAGAUGUGUAUUAAUCUUCGUGGAGAAUACUUCGAAAAACAAUAA